AUUUAACUACGCGGUACAUCCCGCUUGCAGUACUACGUCUGCUAUGCUCAACUACCCAUCAAAGAGCCCUAAUUUGUCAAUUCCAUUCCAGUCCCUUCAUUACUGCUUUCACCAUGUCAUUUCGAAUGCAAGAUGUAGAUGCUGUAACGGAGCCCGUCCUUACACAACAAGAUUUGUUUACUCCUCGUCCAGAAUCUUCGGAACAGGUGCAAGCCGCUAUUUCUCAGUUAGUCCCGCAAGCUCGAUCCACGAUCCAAGCUGGAAAUGCCACAGAAGGGUUACGACUCUUGCUUUCUUAUGUACCUUAUGGAGAUGAUGUUCAGGAAGCUAGACAACAAUAUUUAUCUGCCUUUGUUGACUUGUUAAGCUACAUCAGGUCCACGGAUAUUGUUGGAUUUUUAAAGCAAUGCAGCACCGAGGAUUCAGAUAAUAUUAUGAAUUUCAUUUAUCGCGCACUCGCGAAUCCUCAAGCUUAUAAUUCUUCUGUUUUAUUAAACUGGCACGAAAAGAUUGUUCAAGUCAAUGGAAUUGGAUGUAUCACCCGUGUGUUGAACAGCAGACCGGACAUGUAAUGCAAAUGAACUCAAGCCUUGGAUAGAACAUAAAAAAUGUUUAACGAAACCUGGCACUCUUCUGUAUCACACUCAUUUCAAAGUGACCAUGGAUUUUCUAUCGGGUACCUUCUUUGAUUAUUCCUUAUGACUACUAUGAUUGUUUGGUUAGCCUCGGUAGCGGGCCAAAAUUUUCUGAAUUCUGUGUUAGCAAAAGUAUGCUCCCUUGCUAGUAUUUUUUUUUUUUCUUUUAGGUAUGGACGUUAUUUGUUGAUAGAAGAAC